AAGAAGCAUAAGAAAACGGCGUCGUAUUAACCCUCUCUUUCGUUUGACAGCACCAUAACCAUAACCAUAACCACAACCUUCAAAUUCAACUUCAACAAACUCUCUCUGUAAAACGCAAAACCCUAAUUUUAUCAAUUCAAUGACACCACGCACCGAUGACUACGAACAAGACAACGAUAACCUUUCCGCCACCGACUGCGACGACGAUGACGACGACUACGGUCUCAAAGAAGAUAUGGCUGCUCUCGCGCGAGCUUGUAUGGUCACCGGAGAUGAAAUUCCGCCUCCGGAAGAUCCACUUUUGGCCUCCGGUGACGCCAUUGUCCCUUUCACCGUCACUGCCGACUCCGACGAAGAUGAACAGAGUGAUCUAGAAUGUCUCAAGAGAGUGCAGAGUCUUUACCAGCCUCCGGAUUCUCUUCCUACGCCGCAGAUAGGCCUGUCCGACGACGAUGAAGACGACUUUGAAACAGUUCGCGCCAUUUUCAAACGGUUUUCUGCUUACGACGGAGGUGGAAGGGAAGCAUGGGCUGAGGGGGGUCAGGCCCCAAGUUUAAUCAGUGAGCAGGAAGUUGCCAAGAGCUCCAUCUCUGACAAAUCAGAUGAUGGUGAAUUGUGUCCUGAUUCUCAAUACCAUGAUAAUGACACCAAAUUGCUGACUGAGACAUGUGGCUUUGACGAGACUUGUGAAGAUGAUGCCACUGCCAGCUUGUCUUCCAAAUUACCGAAGAACAGAUCAAGCUUUCCUCCGUCGGCUCAAGCUUUUAUUGAUGCUGUCAAGAAGAAUAGAGCUCUCCAGAAAUUUCUUAGAAGUAAGUUGAUUGAAAUUGAAGCAAAAAUUGAGGAAAACAAAAAGAUAAGAGACAAAGUUAAACUCCUUAAGGAUUUCCAGGUUUCAUGCAGUAGAAAAACGGGGAAUGCUUUAUCACUGAAAAAGGACCCGCGUGUGCAGUUAAUAUCUUCCAAGAAAUCCAUUGCAACAAAUAAAUCAAAGAGCCAUAAUAAGAAAGUUUCUGCUAUGUGUUAUGGCCCAGAGGAGAAUUCUCGUGUUGCUAACUAUAAGAUGGUAUUGGAAAGAUUUCCGCUUUCAUUGGAUCGGAAAAAAUGGUCAAAUAAGGAAAGGGAAAAUCUUUCGAAAGGAAUUAAGCAACAAUUCCAAGAAACAGUGCUUCAAAUUUCAGUAGAUAGAAUGAGUUCAGAGUGCUCGCCUGGAGAUGCAAAUGACAUGGAUAGCAUAAUUGAAUCAGUUAAAGGUCUUGACAUCACACCAGGGAGGAUUAGAGAAUUUUUACCUAAAGUUAAUUGGGAUCGAUUGGCUUCUAUGUAUGUUACUGGCCGUACUGGUGCUGAAUGUGAAUCAAGGUGGUUGAAUUGUGAAGAUCCUCUGAUCAACCAUGACCCAUGGACUGGUGAAGAGGAUAGAUCUCUUUUGAUUAUUAUCCAAGAGAUAGGCAUCAGGAACUGGUUUGACAUUGCUGUAUCUUUGGCCACAAACAGGAUUCCAUUUCAAUGCUUGGCACGAUACCAGAGGAGCUUAAAUCCUUCAAUGUUAAAUAGUGAAUGGACUGAGGAAGAAGAUGCUCAACUUUGUUCUGCUGUUGCAUGUUUUGGUGAGAGUAAUUGGCAGUCUGUGGCUUCUGUUUUAGAACGACGGGCGGGAACCCAGUGCUCAAAUAGAUGGAAAAAAUCGCUUUGUCCUGUGAGGAAAGGGAGCUUUACUCCCGAGGAGGAUAAACGCCUUACAAUUGCAGUCAUGCUGUUUGGACGAAAAUGGAAUCAAAUAGCUAAAUUUGUUCCUGGCCGGAUCCAAUCUCAGUGUAGGGACAGAUACCUUAAUAGUUUGGAUCCUUCUUUGAAAUGGGGUGGAUGGACUGAGGAAGAGGAUUUAAGAUUAGAAGCUGCAAUCACUAAGUAUGGAUAUUGCUGGUCUAAGGUUGCUGAAGAUGUGCCUCCCCGCACUGAUUCUCAAUGCCGGAAGAGAUGGAAGGUGAUAUGUCCUGAACAAGUUUCUCUGCUUCAAGAAGCAAGAAAGAGGCAAAAGUCUCUUCUUGCCUGUAACUUUGUCGAUCGAGAAUCUGAACGUCCAGCCAUUACAUUGAAUGACUUUAUUCCUUUACAAAUGGUAGCUCCAUCAUCUGACGUUAGUGCUGAGAAUCUCCAAAGGAAACGGAAGAGAAAAUCGAGCAGUGUUCACAAUAAAGAGAGGUCCAAAAAACAUGCAGAAGACGCUGAACUUUGUCCCGAGGAAGUUCAAGAUGCAGUUCCCAAGAGAGAGAGGCCCAAAAGACAUGCAACAAAGGCAUCAAUUUUUUCCGAGGAAGUACAAGAUACAGUUCCCAAGAAAGAGAAGCCUAAACGACAAUCAAAAAAAGCUCGAAUUUGUCCCGAGGAAGUACAAUAUAUAGCAGCUUAUGGUGCUAAGGUUAAGACUUGUGGUGGAGGUGUUCCAUUCUUUGCACAGAACAAUGUUCCCAAGAAAAUGAGAUCUAAAAGAUGUGCUAAAAAGGCUCCAAUUCAUCCUGAGAAGGUAGAGAAUAUAGGAUGCAGUGACAAGGUCAAGGUCUGUAUCGAGUCCAAAAGUCAAGAUGGGGACAACAUAACACUUGCAUGCUUUUUGCGCAACAAAUCAAAGAGAGUCAAGAGACUAAGUAAACGUACCAAAAAUGAGAACCAGACUUCAUCUUCCUCUAGGAAGAAAAUUGUAUCUAAGCAGGUUGAAAAUCAAAUACCAUCUGAUGAUCAAGGCGGGUUUUCUCUGCCGUGUGGUAUUGGUGGAACUCAAGAUUUGUUAGUGUCUAAGGAAGUUGCUUCUAGCAGACAAGUAAAAAAACCAGAAGAUGCAAAUGCAGCUAGAAAAUCAGAAGAUGCACACAAUUUGAUUGGUGACGACGAUGACGAUAUGACUCUCAAUUGCUUUGUGAGAAACAAAACAAAUAAAUUGAGUCAAACUACUAAAAGACGCCGUGCUAGUUCUUCCUCCAAAUCGAAAAAAGGAACUAUAUUACUCCAUGGAAACAAGCCAACCCUGAUUUCUGACGGCAGUGAACCAUCCUUGUCAAAAGUUGUUGAAGAGGAGACUGUUUUACAUGGUGGUGUGGCUGAAUCUGAACCCAUAAACAUGAAUGUGGUUGAAGACAAGACUAUUUUGCAUGGCAGCGUGGCUGAAGCUGAACCCACAAACAUCAACGUGGUUGAAGAGGAGUCUGUUUUGCACAAUGGUGUGGCUGGUGCUGAGCCCACAAACAUCCAUGUGGAAGAAGAAGAUGACCUGCUUCUUUCCUUCCUGCAAAACAAGACAAGGAGACGGAAAAGGCUGACACAAUAUUCGUAAAUGUAGUUGUUGCUCAUGAUCCAAAUCAUGUGGGCUGGUACCCCUUUUUGUUUUCCUACUAAUAGGUAUGUGUAUAAAUACAAAACAGUUGAUUAAAAUAGGUGCUGGCAAAUUGUGGAAUGGCUAACCAUAUCAUAAGGGGAAACUAGGUGAUGGGUUACUGCGAAACUCGAUACAGCCAUGAUCGUGAAUUUGAUCCGGAUCGCCUGCAGUAGAAAAAAGGCAAUUGCCGGAAUUGCGCGACUGUGGCAAAUGCUGUAUUUUGCUACUGUAGGAAUCCGAAUUAGAAUUGGUCAUAGUUCAAGGUACAUGAGUUAUGAGAUAGGAAGCAUGCCAAUGAAAUUUUGCUGAGCUUUGGCCUGUAUAGACACAUUUUCGGCCUAGCUCAAUAUAUGUAUACUUUUGGACUGCGAGAAUUCUUUAAGCUUGAAAUGUGAAUCAGAUUUUGGAUUAGUUUCGAAGAUACUGCAAAACUUCACGCAACUUUAUGUAUGCAUGAUGGAAGUUUUGCCAUCACAAAUAUAAAUUGUUAUUGAAGUGAAUAUAAGACUCACCUGAUACUUGCAAAAA